GUAUCCGAGGGUUUGUGCAAAUUCCAGCGGCUCCAUUUGCGUGUAACAUCUUUAGUACUUCAUAUUCAUGAAAAGCAGAAGAAACUUCCACACAUAGCGUUUUAAAUCGAUUUGUGCGCUGUAUUUGCUGCACAGCUCAUCGCUCACCCCUCGUCCAACGAUUUUUACAGUGCAAUUAAAAUAUUUCAGCCGUUGAUAGUUGAUAAAGAAACAAUAUCAGUUAUGGCAGAACGUGAACGUAGCAUACACGAAAUGCUCAAAGAUACACCUUCAAUGAACGACUGUGGUGCCGCCGUCCAAGAAGGCAUUCCAAUGAGCAGCAGCAGUAACAGUGUUGGCGUCGUCGCCAGCGGCAUUGGACCCUUUGGCAACAGUUUUCCCUCAAGAAAUCAUUCAGCCCCCACCACACCCAUGUCGCCGACAAGUCCACAAAGCAGCAAUGGCGUUUUCACAUCGACAGAUGGACUUAUACGUACCAGCGCUUCCAAGAUCGAUAGCAUAAAGAAUUGGAGCAUAUCAACGUAUAAAUGUACACGUCAGAUAAUGCUCGAAAAAUUGGGAAAAUCUCAACGUACAGUCGACUCGGAGCUGGAGGCACAAAUCGAACAAUUGCGCGAAACACAACGAAAGUAUUUGUCUAUAUUGCGCUUGACUCGAGCCUUCAGCUCACACUUUAGGAACGUAGUUGUCACGCAACAUGCCUUAGCUGAUGCAUUUUCCGAUUUAUCACAAAAGAACCCUGAACUGCAAAAGGAAUUCACCUGCAAUUCGGAGACACAACGAAAUUUGACCAAAAACGGUGAACUGCUCCUAAAUGCACUCAAUUUUUUCAUUUCUUCUGUGAACACGUUGUGCAAUAAGACUAUCGAUGAUACUUUGUUAACGAUACGACAAUACGAGACAGCAAGAAUUGAAUUCGAUGCUUAUCGCAUGGAUUUAGAGAACUCCAAACCCGAAAUGACACAAACCGUGUGCUCAGUGGAGGAAGCACAGCGCAGUUAUGCGCAUCAUAAGGAGCUCUAUGAAAAGCUGCGUGCCGAUGUUGCCGUGAAAAUGCAAUUUCUUGACGAGAAUCGGAUCAAAGUGAUGCAUAAGCAGCUUAUUUUACUGCACAAUGCGAUUGCAGCUUAUUUCUCGGGUAAUGCCAUGGCACUGGAGAGUACUUUGAAACAGUUCAAUAUUAAAUUAAAAUCACCGAAUACUGUCACUGGUUCCUGGUUGGAACAGUAGUAGUGCUACAGACUGUAGUUACCCACAAUAAGAAGAAACACAUCCACACGCAAGCAUGGCAGCACAAUGGGCACAAUGUGUAAUGCAAACUGAAUGUCUCGAAUUUUCAUUUUUUCCAAAAAACAAUUCAAAGUUUGCAGUUUGCUGAACGAGCACGCUCUCUAAAAGUAAUAAUUCUUCGUAUCGUAACAAUAUUUAAUGCUAUCUAUACGUUAGGUCAACCCAUUAAUUCAUAAGCUAAAAUGUGGCGAAUAAUACCCAAAAUGUAUUAUGUACUAUGUUAUAUUAUGUAUGUAUGUUUUUUACUACGAAACUACUCACAUUUCCACGCUGCACAUGCGUACAUAUGUAAGCAUGUAUUUACAAUAGUUCCUUAUCUUUUAUUUAAAAUUUAUUUAAACAUCUAAUUUAACACAAUGCGCUUGCUUGUAAAAUUGACAGACCAAAAAGCGCUUAGUGCAAUA